AUGAAGAGAAAAACAGGUCGAGGGAAGUUGUGGGAGGCGAUUGAGAUAUUGGAGGAGAAGGGUGGAAAGUACUACAUUAAAUGGGCAGGGAUCGAUCCGGCAACACAAGAGCCCUGGGAACCAACUUGGGAACCAAAAUCUAUGGCGAAUGCGGCACUAGUAGCAGACUGGCGUAAAGCAGCCGACUGA